CUUUGCCUCUCAGAGCCUAGCGGGCAACGGCUUCUUCAAAACCUCCCGUCAGCUUUCGGCUCUUUUCCUAUUCCAGUAACCCGCGUCCUCGCAGACCUCAACGUCGAAUGAUGCCACCCGCAAAACUCACAUACAGUACAGUACAUACAUAGUCAGCCUUUAUUAUCCGCCAAUGAGGCGUGAGCUGAUAUGAAUCGGAGCUGAUGAAUAAGGACUGGACUGUGAUAAAAGAGAACAGAAGCUCGAGGAGAUCCCUCAAUCAUCGGAACCGCUAUCUUCUGCUGCUGCUGCUGCUGCCCGAAGGGAGCUCGCUUUGUCCUUUUCCAAUGACAGUCUCACUGUCACUGAUGCCCUUGACCCCACUUCUAUUAAUUAUGCGGCUCCUCAGCUCCCGGCGUGCCCAGAACGUCGUUACGAGCUUUCCGGUUGCUCGGAGUAUCCUGCCUGUAGGAUCCUAUGAUGAGGGCUGAAUUCUAGAACGUCUCUCAAAUUAUGAGUCUCCAUCAUGUGACACCCUCCUGAGUCUCUGCUCCAUUUCGGUAUCCAUCUUGGGUUGAGAUUGGGCUUCACCUUUCUGAAAG